AUGACCACGCAAACACGAACAAAUAUUCGUGAAAAAUUGGCAGAGUUUGCUGCCAAUACCACAUAUCAAUUAUGGUGCCUUAAGAAGUCCCCCUCGUCUAUGCCACCACUGACAAACGCAAGUCCUCAGUUCAUCAGGUUCUGCAAACAAAUAUAG